AUCCCCCCCGCCCCUACACCCCCCCUCUUCCUCCGGCUUCCCCGGCCGCGGCUCUCUCUCUCUCUCUCUCUCUCUCUCUCUGGUCGUACUGAGUCCACGGAGGUGUCCGCUAUGCCGUGACCGGGUUAGGUCUACCCGCAGUCUGCUCAGUCAUCGUCAACACCAUCAUCCAAACCCAAUUCCCCGAGCUGGUGCACGGCAUUCCGGUGGAGGAUCUGGCGGCGGAGCCAUGGAGGAGGGCCGAGCAGCACUGGCGCAGAGCCUCAUCGAGACAGUGAGCGAGAUUGCGUCCAUAGCGGGGUACAGGUCCACGGUCAAGAAGCAGUACUGCAACCUCGCCAGGCGGCUGAAGCUGUUGACCCCGCUUUUCGAGGAGAUUAAGGAGAUUAAGGAGCCGCUCCCCGAGGAGACAAUCGCAGCUCUCGUCUCCCUCAGGGAGGUCCUCGUCUCAGCUAAGGAGCUGCUCCGUUUCGGAUGCGACGGCAGUAAGAUUUACAUGGUCUUAGAGAGGGAUCAGAUUAUGAACAAAUUCCAUGUGGUGACAGAACAAGUGGAACAAGCUCUGAGCCGGGUUUCUUAUGAAAAGCUUGAUAUUGCAGACGAAGUUAAGGAGCAGGUUGAGCUUGUUCUUGCACAAUUUCGGAGAGCCAAAGAAAGAAUUGAUCCACCCGAUGUUGAGCUGUAUUUUAAUCUUUUGUCUCUCCAUGGAAAAAGCCACGAUGCAGUUACUGAUCCAUCUGUCAUGAGGAAACUAGCAGAGAAGUUGGAGUUAAUGAAGAUCCGGGACCUUAAACAGGAGUCAAUAGCUUUGCAUGAGAUGGUUUCGGCUAGUGAAGGAGAUCCUGGAGAGACCAUUGAGAAAAUGUCGAUGCUUCUUAAGAAGAUUAAAGACUUUGUGCUGACAGAGAACCCCGAUGUGGAUCUUCCUGCCGGAGAGAAGAGCCUCCCUCUGGAUGACUGUGGGCAAGCAUCAACCGACGGGAAUAAAAAAGCACCAGUAAUACCAGAUGAUUUCCGAUGCCCAAUAACCUUGGAGCUUAUGAAGGAUCCUGUCAUUGUUUCAACGGGACAGACCUAUGACCGCUCCUCCAUUGAGAAGUGGCUGGAAGCAGGGCACAAAACAUGUCCAAAGACGCAGCAAACCCUCAACAACUCUGUCCUCACGCCCAACUUUGUCCUCCGUAGCCUCAUAGACCAGUGGUGCGAGGCCAAUGGAGUAGAGCCACCGAAACCCCCAAGCACCUCACGGUCUCGGCCUAAUAAAAGCACUUAUGCCUCUUCCUCUGCAGAAUGUGCUAGGAUUGAAUCCCUCCUCCACAAGCUCACAUCUGCAAACCCCGAAGAGCAACGAUCAGCUGCUGGGGAGAUUCGCCUCCUAGCCAAGCGGAAUGCAGACAAUCGUGUAGCCAUCGCUGAGGCUGGAGCUAUCCCUCUCCUUGUCCGCCUCCUCUCAACACCAGACUCUCGGACCCAAGAGCACGCUGUAACAGCUCUUCUCAACCUCUCCAUAUGUGAUGAUAAUAAGGGGGCUAUCGUUUUCUCUGGGGCAGUUCCUGGGAUAGUUCAUGUCCUCAAGAACGGUAGCAUGGAGGCUCGGGAGAAUGCUGCUGCCACCCUGUUCAGCCUCUCAGUAGUGGAUGAGUACAAGGUCACAAUUGGGGCCUCUGGGGCAAUCCCUCCCUUAGUUACUCUAUUGAGCGAAGGUACACAAAGAGGAAAGAAGGAUGCUGCGACGGCUCUCUUUAAUUUAUGCAUAUACCAGGGGAAUAAAGGCAAGGCCGUCAGAGCUCGGAUUGUCCCAACACUUAUGCGGCUCCUGAUAGAGACGGGGGGAGGAAUGGUUGAUGAGGCUCUUGCAGUUUUGGCCAUCUUGGCCAGUCAUCCAGAGGGAAGGACAGCCAUCGGAGCUGCGAAGGCAGUUCCAGUGCUGGUGGAGUUUAUUCGGUCGGGAUCUCCAAGGAACAGAGAGAACGCAGCUGCUGUUCUGGUGCACCUCUGCUCAGGUGAUCAGCAGCAUCUGUUGGAGGCACAGGAGGUCGGGGUGAUGGACCCACUUUUGGAUUUGGCCCGGAAUGGUACUGACCGAGGGAAGAGAAAAGCUGUUCAGUUGCUCGAACGACUAAGCCUGUUCAUUGAGCAGCAGCAGCAGCAAGAACAGCAGCAGCAGCAGCAGCAGCAGCAAGAGCAGCAGCAGCAAGAGGAGGCUACUCUGGGCCAAAACGAUGCCGAUAUGGUAGCUCAGAGUCGGGAACCACAGGCACCUUCGACACCCAACAAUGCUAUUGAUAGCUGAGGCCCCAAGGUUUUUUGUAUUAUUUCCCCCUUGCAUCUUCCUUCUUUCAUAUUUUCAUUUUACGUUUAGGGGGGUUCCAUUUAAAUUAUUCGAGAAGAGGGUGCUUUACUUCUGAGAAGACGGAGGAAGAUUGUUCUCUCUACCCAGAAGAUGUUCGUUCGAUUUGUUUCCAUCUUUUAAUGGCUUCUUACAACUAGAGAGGGAGGGAAAGAAAAGUAAGAGGAGUCUUGACAGCAAAUUCGAAAUGUACCAUGUAACAUACAAAUGUAAACAUCUUCAACUUAUUCAAUGAAGAGAUGUCUGUAUGCAAAGGACACCAUAUUUCGUAA